UGGAGUUGGAACGAGACAAAGGAAUCAGUACGCGUAAGACCGUAGUACACGCAGUGACGUUGAACAGUUGAACAGUGUGGACGUCGUGCAGACGUCGUAUGACAUUCGCGUCGAGUGCAAGAACUAUUCUUUUAAAUCGAGAGGGACAUGUGCUAUCUAUACGGUGGCUGUUAGCGCGACUCAUAUGAGAGAAAUAUUGCGCGCAACAUGGCAAAAGACGAAGGGGACGAUCUUUUACCGGACAAGGACGCUGCCAAGGGAUUCUACGCGAAGUACGAGCCCAAAGAAAUCCUAGGAAGAGGAAUAUCUUCUACUGUUAGAAGAUGCAUAGAAAAAGAAACAGGUACAGAGUAUGCAGCCAAAAUCAUAGAUAUUAGUAAUGAAACUAAUGAUGAUAGCCAUAUUAUGAAGGACGCUACAUUACAGGAGGUACAAAUUCUUCGUAGAGUAGCGGGUCAUCCUUAUAUUAUUGAAUUGCACGAUGUUUUCGAAUCUAGUACAUUUAUAUUUUUAAUCUUUGAAAUUUGUAAAAACGGCGAACUUUUUGACUACCUCACGUCUGUUGUAACUCUCUCAGAGAAAAAGACGCGUUACAUUAUGAGACAAGUUUUCGAAGGUGUUCAACAUGUACAUAAUCAAGGGAUAGUGCAUAGGGAUUUAAAACCAGAAAACAUACUACUUGAUGAUAAUUUAAAUGUAAAAAUAACUGAUUUUGGAUUUGCUAGAGUAUUGAAAACUGGUGAUAAAUUAUAUGAUCUCUGUGGUACUCCUGGAUAUUUGGCGCCAGAAGUGCUCAAGUGUAAUAUGUUUGAAAAUGCAGAAGGCUAUGGAUAUGAAGUUGACAUAUGGGCCUGCGGAGUAAUUAUGUUUACUUUGUUAGUUGGUUGUCCUCCCUUUUGGCAUAGGAAGCAAAUGGUUAUGCUUAGAAAUAUUAUGGAAGGGAAAUAUUCAUUUACAUCUCCAGAAUGGGCAGAUAUAACAGAAGCUCCAAAAGACUUGAUCAGAAAAUUGUUAGUUGUUGAUCCAAAGAAGAGAAUUAGUAUCAAAGAAGCUUUGGAACAUUCGUUUUUCCAUACAGUGCUAUGGGAUCAAGACAUCGCUCCUUUAAAACGUUCACUAUCGACUAAUUCGCGACGUCUGAGUAGGAUAUCUCAAUUAGCUUUGGAAUUAAAGGCAAAAUCAUUUAAUGCAAGAAAAAGGUUCCAGUUAGCAAUUCUAUGUGUUCGUGCGGUCAUUCGUAUCAAGCAUCUUCAUAAUACGCCUGAACCUCUUUCGACUCACGUGGCAUGUACUGAUCCUUAUAGGAUCAAAAUUUUGCGGAAGGUUAUCGAUGGUUGCGCAUUCAGAGUAUACGGUCACUGGGUAAAGAAAGGAGAAGGACAAAAUCGAGCUGCUCUUUUCGAAAAUACGCCAAAGACAGAGCUUAAACAUCUCUACGUUAGUAAUUUAAGCAGAUAACUAAUGCUUAAAUGAAGCAUUAUUUAGUUAAAAUUAUUACUUCCUACGUUAGUUGACAUUUACAGUAUCUAACAAAAAUAUUCAGUAAGAAGAAAAAAUAAAUAAUUUAUGUAAAAAGGUAAAACAUGUAUAAAGAUUUUUUUUUAUUUUGACUGUAAUACGAUUGUCAUUUAAAAGAUCUUUAUGAUAACUAUAAAGUAUUCAUAGACUUUGUUCUAAUUAUUAUACGUGUUCUAAAGAAGUAUGUGAUUGAGCUGUUUGGAUUUAAAAUACCCUCUGUUGAAAAUAGGUUCUAAAUGCUAUUUAUCAAGAUCUUCUAUAUUCUGUCUAAUUUAUGUUUCAAUAAAUAUAAAUUACAUGAAAAUGCAAAAAAAAUAUUAAGAAUUGUGAACAGUUGCUUAGUGAUAUGCUAUAAAUUAAUAUCACGUUCUUAGAUAACGUUUUAUGUUUAAAAGAAGUAUUAUAAUGAAGACAGUUUGUGAAAUUAUACUUUGAAUGUUCUACUUUAAAUCUGUAAUUAUAUUCUUCACAGUAUUUUUUGUUCUUUCUGUAGUAUAGAAUAACUUAUAUCCAAAUGUCGAAUAAAUUCUAUAUGUGCUAAAGAAAGAAGUAAGACUUAAGAUGAUUGGUCAAUAUAAAUGAUGGUGCUGAUGCGUACAAACAUAAUACAAUAUAUUCUGUUCCAUGACUCUAGUUUCUAUGUUUGUACGUUUUUAUUAAAUGUUCACUGGUUGUAUAAAUAAUACUUGUAUAAUUUAUUACAAAUCAGCAAUUUGUACAAAAUUAAAUUUGUAUUAACAUUUUGGAUAUAUAUUCUUGAUAUCUAAAUAUUUAAUGUAUAAUUUUAGUAGCAAACAGAAAUUCAAUAUAAUUUAGAAUAAUUACAUUACAUAUUUGUAAAAAUUUAUUUUCAAACUUGAAAAAUUCUUUUCAAAUUUAAUCAAGAAAUUAUGCAAGAAUAUAUAUGAAACAAAAGAUUUAGAAAAAUUGGUAGAAAAAAAAUAAAAGGUAUAAUUACAAAUCUCUUCGUACUAGUAAUAGAGAAAUAUAUUCCACGAUGAUAUUUAUGUAUUAAGAUCUGUAUGUAGAUUGUAAUGUAUAAUAUUUUUUGCAAAUUCUAGUCACAUUUUGUACUGAAUUUGUUUUAGAUUAGAAAUGAAACGAAUUUUUCAUGGGAGAGAAUAA